AUAUGCGUUUGAAAUGAUCUAUCCGUACUAAAAGAAUUUAUUUUCAUUGAAUAUGAUUGAGAUUUCUUUUACACAGAUUUGGAAGGUCAUCUCGCUUGUUCGCUGUCUGUCGGUCGCGCUCUGUCUUGCUCCGACCAUUGUCUGGCUCCAGCUGCCCCGCCACGGGCCGGUCGACCCCCAACCUGUACCCGCUGCGCUUCCGCUGUUCUUCCGAGAUGAUUUCGUUUCGACCGAAACUAAUGUAUUGUUAAACCAGGAUGUCUCAAAACUUGAGCCUGAGCCUGAGCGGCUCCCAGAUCUCAUCCAUGAAACGGUCUGGAUCCGGUGGUGCCAUGUCAGGAAAGUCCAGCAGUGCCAGAUCCAACUCUGGUAGGCCAGGCUCUGCUGGUGGAAAUAGACCAAGCUCUGGAAGGUCCAGUGCCAGAUCUACAACCAGCACCACCAGAGGGAAAUCACCUGGUAGAGGGGAAAUGGGAGCUAAUUUUGGUGGAAAGGUGGCAAAUGGAAGGGGAAGUGGAUUGACAAGGAGUUCUAGUAGCUCUGGAAUGGGAAGCUCAGAAUCAAGGCAAAAGAGAUCAGCAGAAUCUACCCAUCGCAGCAACACAACAGAUGAUUCUGAUUCCUUACUCCAAGCUAUGGAAAACCCAAAUUCUACAGAUUUUAUGGCACUGUUCAACAAUGAUCAUCAGCCUGUCAUCAGAAGCAAAGCUAGUGGAACCACCAAAAAGUCAGUCACUCAGAAAAGGAGACAAGAACCGAUGUCGAGUAGAGCCUUUCAGAUUCCUAUCAGUGCAAGGACCAGUAGCACCUUGGAUUCUUACAGAUUAAACAGCUCCAGAUCCCCUGCAGGAGAUGCAGCCGCCUCUCCCUUUGAAUCACUCACACAGCACCUUGAGAAAGACAUUGAUUCAAACCACAUAGCAAGGAACUCCUAUCAACAAGCAGAGAAGGAUUACGGCAGCAUGCCUCUCAGGAACGAUGUUCCCGCUGUGAGUCCAAGGGGGCCGGACAAGAACCUGAGACCCCCAAGUCCGGUCAAGACCAAUGAAAACGAGUUUCAGCUUGGGGAAGAGCCAACAAGGUAUUGGUCUACAAGUCAGAGUGCUUAUACAGGGGUACCAUUGAACAGAUCAGCGCAUGAUGCAAAUGCACGACUCUUGAGAACUAGUACGUCCUCUGACCAUCCUGUGGCAGAGGAAUACAUUGAAUCGGUCAAUGAGGCUGCCACCAAGAUACAGAGAUGGUACAGAGGGUGUGUACAGGAGAAACAGAAAGAGGGAGAGGAUGAGAUCAGGAAGAUAUUGAGUCAGAAGCGCAAGGAGCGUUCCGAUCUGAUCCAUAGGGAACAGGAUUCGGUGAGGACGAGGGAGCAGCAGGAGAAGGAUCGGAAAAGAUCCAGGGAGGAGAAAUUACGGCAGGCAAGGCAAGCAGCAAUUCAGGAUUUACAGCGGUCAAGAGAACAAAAGAAACAAGAAAUCAAAGAAAAGGCUGAAGAAGAAUUACGCUAUCUCAAAGCCAGUGGGAAAGUAGGCAAGAAACCCACAACUAAGAAAGGUGCCACUAAGAAACAGUCAACAGGAUCAGGUCCAAGCCCUCGGAAAAAGCUUACAGAUGGGACUACAGCUAGGUCAACUGAACCAGAACUAAGUGGACAGCAGAGGCCUGGUACAGCUAGUAGUACAGGGAGAAAGGUGGACGGUAUAUUUGAAAGCGAACCUUCAACUCAUCGUACCGGUGCGACAGAGAACGGUUACAUUGGUGAUACGGACAGCGAGCAACCUAAUGACGCUCCAAGUCAGGCUCCAACUAAGACAACACUUACAGAUCUUCUUGAUACCUUGAAGCUUUUAGAAGAACCAGUCAGGGUACCUAGCCCUACAGAGAAGAAGCAGAAAGGACCUGCAUGGUUGGAUAUAUUUGAUGACAAGGAAGAGGAGGAAGGGAAAGAAGUAGAGGACGAAACCAAACCAGCAAGUAGCAGGUACCUAUCAGCCAGUAUGACCGAUGGCAAGCCUGGUGGUCCCGGGGGCAAAAGUCAAACUCAGUACCUUUCUGAGGAGAAUCUCCAGGAAGCCACAAGGAGGAGUCUAGGAGGGGAGGCUACCAAACCGGUCCAGAAACCUAAGACCAUGCCCUCUCCUAGCCACGCCUUGCUCACAGAUGAGAAGCUCAGGAACAUCAUGUCUUUCCUUGAUGAAGUCGACCAUGCCGAACAGGAGACAGUCAGUGAGUUCUCUCAGGCCUUGGAUGUGGACCAAGCACCCACCACCUCCAGAACUGUCCCCGCUGUUCCUCUGGUCCCUUCUGCGGAGGAGAUCCAGAAGCUGGAGGAAGCUUCUGCAGCAGCCUCAGAGGUCACCAAUACUGUCCUUUCACAGAGGCUGCAGUUGGAGGAGAAGGAUAGGAGUGUCAAAAUGCUACAGAAGGCUCUGAACCAGCAGCGUGAGCUGACAGUCAGACAUGCAAAGGAACAGGAUAAAGAGACCAAAAGAAGACUUCACCUUCAGAAGGAAGAAUAUGAAGCAACUAUCAAGAGACAUUUAUCAUUCAUUGAUCAGCUUAUUGAUGAUAAAAAGGCGUUAGGAGAGAAAUAUGAUGGUGUGGUGACAGAACUCAAACAAGUUGAUAAGAAAUACCAAGGAAGAAUAAAGAACAUGGAAGACAGUCAUGGGAGAGAACUGAGCAAGAUCAAGGAUGUACAGGCUGCAGCUGAGAAGCUGAGAAGAGAGAAAUGGAUUGAUGAGAAAACAAAGAAAAUAAAGGAAAUCACUGUGAAGGGACUUGAACCCGAGAUCCAGCGCCUGAUUGCAAACCACAAGACCGAGAUCAAGAAGCUGAAGACCAUCCAUGAAGCCGAGAUGCUUCAGGCCGAGGAGAGGGCGGGUCAGAAGUAUGUCCGUCAUAUAGAAGAGCUCAGGGAUCAACUGGCUGAUGAGAAAGAAGCUGCUUGUGCCAGAGAACGAGAACUUGCAAAGCAAAGAUACGAGAAGCAGUUAGAGCAGGAGGAGGCUGCCUACCAGCAGCAGAGGAGGCGGAUGUACUCAGAGGUUCAGGAGGAGAAGGAUCGCAUCAAUGAACAGGCUAGGAGACAGAGACAGGAGAUGGAUAGACUACAGCAGACGAUGGAAGCUAACAGUCACAAAGCUAUCAGUGCUAUGAAGGAGGAGUAUGAGAAAGCUAGGGAUGAACAGGAGAGAAGACACAGGGCUGAAGUGAAAGACCUAGAAGAACGUCUUAGGAUAGAGAAGCAAGCUUGGGAAGAAAACUACAUGAAGAAACAGGAAACAUGGCUGCUGUCUAAAGAGCGUGAACUGAAGGAGCAGGUUAGGAGAGACAGAGACAAGGAGAUUGAGAUGGUUAUCACCAGACUAGAAGACGAUGCUCAGUCAUCUAGGGACGAACAAGAGAGGGCAGCAGAGAAUAGGAUCAAACGAAUCCGAGACAAGUACGAGGGUGAAUUGAGGGAAGUUGAGACCUCUGAGAGAAAGACCCAAGAGAGAUUGAAUGAAGUGAAAGCUCAUCUAGCUGAGGUUGAAGGAGAGAAUCUACGAAUCGAGGCCCUGUUCAAACAGAAAGAUCAUGAGGUCUCCCAGGUCAAUAAGGUUUGUGAAAGACUCAGCAAGGAACGUAAGAAUGUUGAGGAGGUGAUCAGGCAAGAGUUUGCUGAUCGCUUGGUUGCCGUGGAGGAUGAGAACAAGAGGGUUAAGAAUGAGAUCUCAGAGAUGAGAGCCAGACACAAACUGGAGCUGACCCGGAUUCAAGAGAGCAAGGAGGAGGAGAUGGAGGAGGUCCAUAAAAGGGUCAAACAAGCAAUAGCCAAGAAGGAAGAUGUGGUCAGUCAGUUGAGACAGCAGCAUGCAGCAGCGGUCAAGCGAGCUGACCAUCUUGAGUCUCUCUUAGAACAACAGAGGAAACAGCUGGUCAAGAAGAAAUGAUCGAACAAGUAUGUGGUUCUAUGGAAACGGUGAUUUGUUCUCUCUACCUCUAACCCUAAGAAUUCCUAUAGUAUCUCCUUGCUACAGGAAACAUUUGGGGCCUAUUUCAUAAAAAUUGUUGUUAUAACAAAUUUGCAAUAACAGUAAAAGCUACUGAAAUUAUUCACUUUGAUUGGCUGCUAAUAGACCUGUUAUAGAAAUUAAGUGUAACAAGUCUUUAUGAAACAAGAUCCUGGUUGAAUAGAAAUGAUUUAAGCAGCAUUAUGUAUGCUAUGCUUUGCCAUCUGGGUUUUCUGUAAGAAGCUUACAGGUUCAAAUCCAGAUGAAGACUGUGGCAUGCUGGGACAAAAGGGUUGACCACUGAGAACAGAAUGUCAAAGUACACCAUCAAAAGCAGCUCAUCAUGAAUAAAAUGUUUGCGGGAAUAUAGAAUGGUAGUGCCAUUCUUUAGACUCGGUACUAUGGAGACAGUCGGCUGCAUCACACACUCCAUUCAACAUAAAAAGUUGACCCACCCCCUUCCUGCUCUUAAUGCGGUGCAAUGCACACAGGUACGACAGAAAGGUUUAUCAAGCUAGGCAGUUUAUGAGGCAAACUCGUAGAAAAGAUUAUAUCAGAUAAAUAGGCAGUUUCAUGUACCAUUAAUAUGAAAGGUUUUGUGAAUUGUCUAUGACUUGUGCAAUGUCUCGGCUUAUGUGAACUUGAUUUAUCCAUGGUAUGAUACACAUAAGUAAUACGUUAUCAAACAAAGUACCAAUGAAAUGUGUGUGAAAUUUCUGGAGUUUGUUCUUAUUAUUUCUUCUCGAGAACCUAAAUUAGGUUAGAAUCAUCCACCCUAGAAUAAACAGAUGUCAUUUAAACUUAAAUUGAAAUUUAAAAAAAUGUUUAUUAGACAUUGAGAGAUAGAAACGAUUGGAAGAGAUGUGUUUUGGUUUGAUAUGAAUAUCAAGAAAAGAAUCUAAUAUUUAUCACGUUGAUGAUGUUGAAUGUGUUUCAGGUCAGAUUAAUUUUCUUUCUUCACAUAUUAAAACAGUGAAUAUUCAAUUGCAAUUUUGAAAAAAAAUCAAAGAGAUUGAAAUGCCGUCCAUUAACUUUUUAUCACCUUGAAUUCACUCCUACGUUAUUUGAUUAUUCUUUUAGCAUUUCAUUUCAAUUGAUUCACACUUGUCAUUUUUUAAUGAAAUAAGAUUUUCAUAUUUUGUGGCUCAUUACCUUUUUGGAGUUUACCAAAAUACAAAAAAAUGAAACUUGAAAUUUUAUCAUCAAGGUUGAUACUGGAUUUACUCUAAAAUUUGUACAUUACCUUAUUUAUUAACAAUUCUGAAGUUGUAAUUGACAGAUUACCUGCCAGCCUUGUGAAACUUGGUACUUUCUGAAAGGUAACUUGUAUUUUCUCUACUCACUGACCGAAAGCAAGAACAUUGCAAUUUUAAGCUGCCUAUUAAUUGAUGUAAAAACCAAUGAAUAAUUGAAAACCUUGCAAAGUAUUUUACUUAAAUUAUUCCUGAAUAAGAAUGAUGAUGAUAGAUGAUGAUAUCGAUGCCCAUGGCAAUGACAAUGAUGGUGAAGAUGAUGAUGACGAUGAUGAUGAUGAUGAUGAUGAUGAUGAUGAUGAUGAUGAUGAUGAUGAAGAUGAUGAUGAUGAUGAUGAUGAUGAUGAUGAUGAUGAUGAUGGUGAUGAUGAUGAUGAUGAUGAUGAUGAUGAUGAUGAUGAUGAUGAUGAUGAUGGUGAUGGUGAUGAUGAUGAUGAUGAUGAUGUUGAUGUUGAUGAUGAUGAUGAUGUUGAUGAUGUUGAUGAUGAUGUUGAUGAUGAUGGUGAAGAUGAUGAUGACGACGAUGAUGAUGAUGAUGAUGAUGAUGAUGAUGAUGAUGAUGAUGAUGAUGAUGAUGAUGAUGAUGAUGAUGAUGAUGAUGAUGGUGAUGAUGAUGAUGUUGAUGUUGAUGAUGGUGUUAGUGAUGUAUAUAAACGUAACUUACAUGUAUGUAAGUAGAAAAUUCCAAUGGUGAUAAUGUUGUAAUGUAAUCCUGCUAUUACAGAAGAUCAUCAGUGUAUCAUUUGCACAAUUGAGAUUUCUCUGAGGAAAUGGAAAUUGUUUUUUUAAUAUCUGGCCUCCACGAAUGUUCAUUUCUGCUCUAGUAGUGCGGCGAUUUGUAAUAUAUUCUGUUAUCAGGUUAUGUUCCUCAUAAAUGGCAUUUAAAGUGCCGGUAAAAUCCCCUUGGAAGUGAAUGUGAAUAUUCCAAUUCAUUUCUAGAUUAUAUGAUGCCCUAAAUCAGUGAUGAUGUUAAGGAUAUGGAAUUUUUAAAAUUUUGUUCCAUUGGAUAAAGGUUGAUUUGUUACCCGACCAAACUGAAAUAUCUUUGUAUUAUUUCUUGAUAUUAAACUACUCAGGCAUGAAAUGGCCUGAAAAUUUCAGUGUAUAAUCUGCCUGUAGAUGUCAUAUCCAAUCACUGCAAUUGUAAGACAAGCUCCAAGGGCCAUUUUAACAAUAUCCUGAGAGGGGAUACUACAUAACUAAUAAUGCAAAAUUCUCAUUUUCACAAAGAAUCAAUGGUUGAAAAAAGAUUCAAUGCCCACUCUAUUUGUGUAGGUUUAGAAUGUUAGAUAAUACUGAAGUAUAAUAUAAUAUUAGACAGGCUUUAAAAUAAAAACACCCCUGUACAAGAAAAAGAGUAUUAGCCGAUGUUAAGAACAGAAAACUCAUUGAGAUAAGUGCAUAGAAUUUUUAACGAUUUUGCUUUGCAUUUCACUUACUAGGUUAUUUCAAGUGCAAUUCUCUUUUAAAUCUUUGAACUAUCAUAUUCUUCCUGAAUCGCAGGAAGAGAUUGGGAAAGGACAUUCAUCUCCUUGUCUUGAUAGACUAACAAGAAAUGGCAUCUUAUUGCAGAAGUGAUGCAAGUAGUGCAGUACACUACUUCGCUUAAUUUUUUUUAAUUAGAAUUUUGACUUUAAAGGAAAUAUUUUCAGCAUAUCAAUUUGCAAUAAUUAACACAUACGAUCCCUCAUGCUUACAGAAAGGGUUUUUGUUAAGUGUAAAAAAAAAGGCAUGCUUGGCAGAAACUAAAUGUUGCCACAGUAACAUGUAUGUGUGUGCUUCUCCUGUUAUUUGUACUAAUGACAUUCUUUUUCAAGUCCUUGGUAUGGACAAGUGUAAUGGAAUGAUACUGUAUUUUGUAUUUAGAUGUGACUAACUGAAAACCUUGAAUAUUUAUUAUAAAUAGAUUUUGAAUUAAUUA